AUGGAGAAAACCCAUCCGUCACACACAAAGACGGUCGCGGUCGUGGGCACGGGCAUGGCUGGUCUAGCCACUGCCCAUUUGUUGCACCAGGACCCUCAAAAGCGGUAUCAGGUUACUCUGAUUGAGAAGAGAGACGAAAUAUCGCUAAGCGCGGAAUCAGUUCAGAUUCCAUCGCAAGACCCCAACGGUCCAUCUGUAUGGGCGGAUGUGCCUAUGCGCGCCUUUGCUGGCGGCUUCUAUCGGAAUCUGGUCCGAAUGUAUGAUUACUUGGGAGUCAAGUACCAUGAGCAACCAUUUCUCUUCAGCUUCACGAAAUUGCCGAAACGACAGCAAUCUUCGUCGACCACCUCUUGCAUUCCAGGUCCGCAGAUGGUUUAUGCUUCGAAUUUUCACCAAAUCCCCCCGAUUCCACGCACGUCAGACCUAAUUCAUUGGUGCGUGGAAGCUGUUUACGCAGUUCUGUGCUACCUGUGGUUUACCUUCUGCUGUUUCUUCAUCGCUCCCUAUGCCGAGAAUCUCCAGACUGGCCAACUGAGCGAGACAUUCGACCAUUAUCUACGGCGCGUCUGGGUACCACAGCACUACGUGGCUAAUUACCUUCUUCCUCUGAUUUCGAGUGUCUGUACCUGUUCGCACCAAGAGCUGUUGAAUUUCCCUGCCUCGGAUGUUCUAGAAUAUAAGCGCCGCACGCAUCGCCAGCAGCACUUUGUGGUGAGUGCGGGUGUCCAAUGUGUUCAGCCGAAGCUUCUGGAAGGCGUCGAAUUGCGUCUUGGCGUGAAUUUGACGCAUGUGAUCCCGCGACAUAAUGGAGUCCAGAUUAAGUACUCGACCGAGGACGGGAAACACUCCUCAGAGUACUUUGAUUUGGUUGUUUUGGCCGUUUCACCCGACGUUGCUGCAUCAUUGUUCCCCGCUGUGAAUUCACAGCUAUCUGCCAUUCCGACGACCACUGUUGAGACGGUCGCACAUACGGAUGAGUCGACUAUUCGACCGAUGCUGAGUGCGACAGCGAAUCCGACCUCGAUCAAAUGCUCAAAAGAGCUGCGAGGCUCUUACAACCUUGGCACCCAACGUAUUCACUUGCUUUCAAACGGUACUAUUACUGAAGCCGUCCAUGAGCAAUCAAAUUCUAUUCUUGUCACGACCAACCCUCUUUUCCCGUUGGACAAAUCGAAGAUUAUUCGCUCGGCAAGCUUUAUUCGUGUCUUGCGAAGCCCGCUCAGCCGUCUUCUCGUCAACUCGAUCUUCCAAGACCGCGGUGAACCAAAGAAAUUAUCAGAGUCGACUUCUGCGGUAAAUUCGUGGCGAAAUGGAGACAACGGUGUCUACUUGGCAGGUGGAUGGUGCUGGGAUGGCAUGGUCCUACUUGAAGGCUGCAUCGUCUCUGCUAUGAGAGUUGCCACAGAUCUCGGUGUGGCAGUGCCUUGGGAUGAUAUGUCGUCAUGA